AUGUAUUACGAAUUACCGUACCUCCCCUUUCCUCCCUCGCCCUUCUCCCUUCCCCCAUCCACAUGCUUCUUCUCCCCCCUCCCCUCGUCCCUCCCCCGCCUCUCCUCGUCCCUCCCCCGCCUCUCCUCGUCCCUCCCCCGCCUCCCCUCGUCCCUCCCCCGCCUCUCCUUCUCCCCCUCCCCCAUUCACACACAGCCAACAGUGCCUCUUUUUCCACUACCAGCCGCCGCUGCGAAUGCUGCUGUACCGCUCCCCCCAUGUGCUGCUCCCCCCGCGUGCUGCCCCCAUGUGUGCUGCCCCUCCCCGUGUGCUGCCCCCCUGCGUGCUGCCCCCCUGCGUGCUGCCCCCCUGCGUGCUGCCCCCCCCGAGUGCCCAUUCUCGGCGACGGCGUCUGCAGACGUGGCGAAAUGCACCGCCUCCUCUCUUCCUCAUCUCAUCCCAUUGUCCGUUCCUUCCGUUCCCCAAUGUUCCCCUCACCCCCAGCAUUCCCCGGCAACGGCGUCUGCAUGCCGCUAUCCAGCCUGGCGAGAUUCACCCACUCCUCUCUUCCUCCCCUUAUCCCUUUGUUCGUUCCUUCCUUUCCCCAACGUUCCCCUCCCCCUCCCCUCAAUCAACCUCAGCGUUCCCGGCAACGGCGUCUGCAGGCUGCUAACUAGCCUGGACAAAUUCACUGUAGACAACACUAAAACAAGCAUCGAUCCGUCUUAUAUCGGGGGCAAAUGCAACCCUCUCGCAGAGGUGAAGAACGACCCGCACUUCGUGGGCGCGGAGGGCACGAGAUUUGAUUUCCACGGGGAGUUGAACCGUUCCUUCUGCCUGCUGACUGACCGGGAUGUGCAUAUCAACAUGGGGAUAAAGGGGUAUGAGGACGCGAGGAUGGUGGUCGGAAGGAGGAGGGGAAGUGGUGGCGUUGGCAGCAGGGGAGGGGGAGGGAAGAGGAGGCACAAGCUGCCCAUACGGUCCUGGAUCAGAGCCAAACCGUCCUUCUGCCUGCUGACUGUCCGGGGUGUGCAUGUGAAGAUGGGUGUCAAGGGGUAUGAGGAUGGGAGGCUGGUGGUGGUGCGUGGGAGGGGAGGAGGGAAGAGAAGUCACAAGCUGCCCAUACGAUCGUGUAUCAGGGAGCUGUACAUGACGUGGCGAGAUCCCAUUGGCCGGCAGCACUCGGUGUUCCUGAAAGCGCGGGAUGGCAAGGAGCAGCAGCGGGGGGAGAGGGGCUUUAUAGAGAGGAUGGUGCUUGAUGAGCAGACUCUGAACCCACCCACUCAGGUGGGGCACGCAGUGCAUGGGGAAGGUUCCUUCCACAUGGUGCUUUUAUCGGCCACACCCAUGGGGGAUGGCAGGGACAGGGACACAUACCGCGUGAGCGUGGGGGGAGCAGCAGCCUUGGAACUCUCCUUGCAUGCGGCACACCCGCUGCUGCAGACACCUGACGAGGCUCACACUCACUUCAACGUCUAUAUUAAAUACCUCAAUAACACGGAUGCAGUGCAUGGUGUACUAGGGCAGACUUUCCGAGGGGAAAUUACCCGGUCUAAAAGGGCAGAGGAGUACGGGCUGCUGACUAGGCUUAUGAGAGCGCCGAUUCAGGCUGACGGGGAGACAGGGCAAGGCUUUUUGGAUGGUGACGUGGAGGAUUAUGCCACGUCAGCAAUCGAUGCAGCUGACUGUGCGUUUGCCACGGCAUGGAACGAAGCUCGGAAUAAGGUCUGGGAAAAGGCCGCGGAGGUUGGGGAGGAGCAUGGGGCUUAUGGAGAGGCUGAGAAGGAGGCUCCGGGGGAGGUUGAGGAGGCUCGGGAGGAGACUGGGGAGGUUCAACGAGAAGACAUUGCUAGUUUGCUAAUGGAGGGUAGAGAUCAGGGGUCCAAAGCAUAUAGUGAGGAAGAAGUUUCAGGGAGAAUGGUGGAACGGGAUGGAGAGAAGAGGAAGCAGCAAGAUGAUUUUACUGAGGAGGUGGGGGAAGAGAGAGACGAGAGAGAUUACAGGGAGGGCAUUAGGGAGAAUGGCAGUGGCAAGAUCAGGGAGAAGGAGGCGGGGGGGGCGGGGUAG